AUGCCGAAAGGUUGCUGCGUUCCCGGCUGUCCUUCGACGGAACGCAACUGCGCCAACGCGGUCUCGUUCCACGAAGUGCCAUCGGACAACCGCUGUCGAGACGCCUGGGUGGAAGCGAUCGCCGGCGACGACUUCGAGGAGAGGGCGCGACUCCUGAGCAACGCCCGCUCCGUCGUGUGUUCCCUGCACUUCAAGCCGACCGACUUCAAGGUGGGCAUGAAGCGACGCGUCUUGGUGACCGCGGCCGUGCCUUCCAUUUUCCCCGGCAAGAACGCGCCCUCGAACCCCGAACCUCCUCCGCGGAAGCGUAGGCGACGCAGGACCGUGGAGCCCUACUACUAUUACAACGUCCACUCCGUCACAGGCGUUGAAGACGUCGAGGAUGAAGCCGCGGCUGGGGCGGCUAGCGACGCGAGGGCGGAGGCUCGUCGCGUCGCGGCUGUUCCGGAGACGACGACCAUCAUGAUACUCCCGGGAAUGGUCAUCCGUCAUGAGAGGUAG